GGAAAGAUGAAAGCAUCCAUCAUCCUCCUGAUUGUGAUCUGUGGACUGACUAAAGCUUUGAUAAUAGAGCAUACCUUUUUGAGUCAACCAAAGAACUGGACUGAUGCUCAGAAUUACUGCCGGACAUAUUAUGAAGAUUUGUCAACCGUCACAAGUCAAGAAGAACAAGACAUGCUUUUACAGCUGUCAAGAGGAAACCAAAAUUUAAAAUGGAUUGGGCUCUACAGGCACAUACGACGCAAUAGCAACUGGAUGUGGUCUGAUGGAAAUUCAGUCUCCUUCACUGACUGGGACAAUGGCCAGCCUAAUAAUGUGAAUGGAAGUCAGUACUGUGUCGCAACUAACAUCAAGUGGAAUGAUUAUUACUGUAAUUAUUUGUUGCCUUUCUUCUGUUUUAAAACCAAAUUCAUCCUGGUGAAAGAGAAGAUGACAUGGGAGGAAGCGCUGCAGUACUGCAGGACUCACCACACUGAUCUGGCCAGCAUCACCACUGAGAGACAAUUACAGCUGACAAAAAAUAAGACAAGAGAAUCUCAGACAGAAAGCGUGUGGACAGGCCUGCGUUACCUGGUUGGUCAGUGGUUCUGGAUCAACAAUGAACCUAUGGGGAUUCAGACUUCACUGCCAGAGUGCCCAACUAAGCCCUGUCAUUGUGGAGCCCGUAACACUGAAACUGACAGAUGGGAGAACAGAGACUGUGACGAGAAGCUCAACUUCCUCUGCAACUGAAC